AUGAGACUGGUGUCAACAUUCUGUAGGCUAGUAAGUUUACGCAGGCAUGACAUUUUAAGUAAUUGUCAGAAGCAAUUGAAGACUCCCGCAACAAUCCGAACACUUUACAUCGGUCAUCCAUUGGACCAGUGGGGUAAAAAUAAGAAACACAGAAACGUUAAAUUAAACCUGUAUUUCGAAGCCAUGGGAGACCCGGAAAUGGAGGCUGUUUUAGCUCCUUUGAGAGCUAGUGUUAAAGAACAGGGUGAUUUAGUGCGCCAACUUAAAGCAGAAGGUGCUCCGAUAAUAGACGUGAAAAAGGCUGUAGUCGAGUUGAACGCUCGAAAGAAAAUUCUGGAAGACAAGGAAUUGAGCCUAGCCCCGAAUGUCACGUUCGAUCGAGCCAAGAUGGAAGAUCUCCUCAAGAGGAGGUUCUUCUACGACCAGAGUUUCGCCAUCUACGGCGGUAUCACAGGUCAAUUCGACUUCGGGCCGAUGGGAUGCGCUUUCAAGGCGAAUUUACUGCAAACCUGGAGGCAAUUCUUUGUUUUGGAAGAGCAGAUGUUGGAAGUGGAUUGUUCCAUUUUAACUCCAGAACCUGUUCUCAAGGCUUCAGGUCACGUCGACAGAUUUGCUGAUCUUAUGGUGAAAGAUACAAAAACCGGUGAAUGCUUCAGAUUGGAUCAUCUGAUAAAGGCGCAUUUGGAGAAAGUUGCUGCUGAUAAAAAGGCUUCACAGGCCACAAAGGAUGAAUGUGUCGAUAUCGUUAUUAAGUUGGAUGGUAUGAAUAAAGCAGAAAUGGCGGCAGUCAUGCAAAAAUAUAAUAUGAAAAGUCCACUUACUGGUAACGAUUUAACCGAGCCCAUUGAAUUUAAUCUCAUGUUUGCUACACAAAUAGGACCCUCUGGACUUAUCAAGGGAUUUUUGAGGCCCGAAACUGCACAGGGUAUUUUUGUAAACUUCAAACGCCUGUUAGAGUUUAAUCAAGGAAAAUUACCUUUUGCUGCCGCUCAAAUAGGUAAUGCAUUUAGGAACGAAAUCUCACCAAGGUCUGGUCUCAUAAGAGUUAGGGAGUUCACCAUGGCGGAAAUCGAACACUUUUGCGAUCCGAACGAUAAAAGACAUCCUAAAUUUGAGAAUGUUAAAGACGUCAAGCUUCUGCUGUACUCCGCCUGUAAUCAAAUGGACGGAAAACCAGCAGAGAGGAAAACUAUUGGCGAAGCAGUACAGAACGGAUUGGUUGCCAACGAAACUCUUGGAUACUUCAUGGCGAGGAUUCAACAAUUUUUGGUUAAAUGCGGCAUUGAUCCCGCUCGUUUGCGAUUUAGGCAACACAUGGCUAACGAAAUGGCCCAUUAUGCUUGCGAUUGUUGGGAUGCAGAAUGCUUAACUAGCUAUGGAUGGAUCGAGUGCGUGGGUUGUGCUGAUCGUUCGGCUUUCGAUCUCACCCAGCACACUAACGCCACUGGCGUAAGGCUGGCUGCUGAGAAAAAACUCGCCGAACCGAAAGUAUUAGACGUCGUCGAAGCUCAGCCGAAUAAAGGUUUGCUAGGAAAGACGUUCAAAAAAGACGCUAAAGCUAUCACGGAAUCGUUAGCUAAGCUGAAGAUCGACGAAGUGGAAGAAUUGGAGAAGAAACUGGAAAGCCAGGGUGCAUACGAUUUAUCAGUGGGGGAUAAAACAUUUAAUCUCAGUAAGGAUAUGGUUGAAGUUAAAAAGUAUAAGAAAACGGAGCAUGUUGAAGAGAUUAUUCCCAGUGUAAUUGAACCGUCAUUUGGUGUUGGAAGAGUUAUGUACUCAAUCUUCGAACAUAACUUCAAGCAACGAGAAAACGACGAGCAACGCACUUACAUUUCCUUGCCUGCCAUUGUAGCUCCGCUAAAGUGCAGUGUACUACCUCUUAGCUCGAAUCAAGAAUUUGUACCGUUCAUCAAGAAGAUUUCUUCCGAAUUGACUAAAGUUGAUGUGUCGCACAAAGUGGACGAUAGUUCGGGUUCCAUUGGCAAGAGAUACGCUAGAACGGAUGAAAUUGCCAUACCGUAUGGAAUUACUAUCGAUUUCGAUACGUUCAAAGAACCUAACAGCGUAACGCUGAGGGAAAGGGAUUCAAUGGGACAAGUUAGAAUUCCUGUUGAUGAUAUAGCAAAAGUGGUGCACGAUUUGGCCUACAGUAAGCAAUCGUGGGGCGAAAUAGAAAGCAAAUAUCCGAAAUUUGAGCAACAAGAAUCUAAGGAAAUUAACGGUUAA